AUGAAGUUCACUUCUUCUUUCACCGUUCUGGCCGUUGCGAUUCAACUGGUUGUCGCCUCUCCGACUGUGGUACGCCGCGCAUCUACCAGCGACGUUGCCACCAUUGGCUAUGCAGCCCUGGGAAAAACGACCGGUGGCUCUGGAGGCUCCACUGUCACCGUCACCUCCUUGGACGAGCUCACCGAUGCCGUUUCGGAUGACACUGCCAAGAUUGUUGUUAUUUCUGGAACAAUCUCCGGCAACACUGUCGUUAAAGUCGGCUCUAACAAGUCGAUUGUCGGUGCAUCUGGCGCCACUUUGGCUGGAGUCGGUCUGCGCGUAUUGAACGUCGAAAACGUCAUUAUUCGAAAUCUGAAAGUCAGCAAGGUCCUUGCCGAAGCUGGCGACGCGAUUGGCAUUCAGGCCUCUAGCAAGGUGUGGGUUGACCACCUCGAUUUGUCCUCGGACCAGGACCACGACAAGGACUACUACGAUGGGUUACUCGAUAUUACCCAUGGUAGCACGUACGUGAGCGUCACCAACUCGGUCUUGCACGACCAUUGGAAGUCGUCGCUCGUUGGGCACUCGGAUAGCAACGAAGACGAAGACAAAGCGAUCACCGUCACCUAUGCGCUGAACAAGUGGUACAAUUUGAACUCGCGUCUUCCAAGCUUCAGGUUUGGAACGGGUCACAUUUUCAACAACUACUAUUACGACUCGAGUGACGGUAUCAACACCCGUGUUGGCGCCCAACUCCUUGUCGAGAACAACGUAUUCAGCGGUCUCAAGAAGCCCCUUUACUCGACCGACUCCGGAUACGCGGUCGCCACUGGUAACGAUUUUGGAGAUGGCGAAAACACAGCCGAGGCCGGCACAUUCAGCACUGCCCCUUAUGACUACGAUCUCCUCGACGCCAGCGCCGUCGUGGCAGCUGUAUCCAGCGCAGGAGCUACACUCUCGUUCUAA